AUGCCUCCUUCCGGCAAGAACGCCGCUGCGCCUAAAGACCGUCGAAAGUCCAACGCGACGGCGGCCAGCAUCACAACAAGUCUAAGCCCAAUCAAGCCCAGCCUCAUCGUCUCCCUCAAGACGACGCCCAAGAGGCUGCGAGCCAUCGUCGACCCCGAUUCGGUCAAAGAAGAGACGCCAGUGCGUGAGCUUAAGGAGUCUCCCGCCACAUCAACCACUCUCCCUGCCGCCCCGAAUUCAAACACAGAGAACGCGUCGGACUCGACUCCGAACACUCCUGCCGGCACGCCCGCGGCUCAGCCUUCUAUCAUGGGCCCGCCUGCCGACGGACCGAAGAAGAAGGGCGUCAAGCGAGGCGCUGGCGCUGCUGCGAUUGGCAACGGCGAGCCUAAGGUUCGCGGAAAGCCUGGCCCCAAGAAGAAGCAGAGGCUAGAAGACGGAACCAUCGAGGGUGGCCGAGGCGGAGGCCUGGCUGCGCACAAGCUCGGGCCCAAGGCGAACCAGGGAGCUAUCAACGCAGGCCUCCGAGCCCUUGAUCGGUCUGGAAAGCCGUGCCGGAAGUGGGCCAAGGGAGGCCUCACCCUCAAGAGCUUCACGGGCGUCGUGUGGGAGAUUCCGCGAUGGGUCGCACCGCCCAAGCCCAGGCCAGAGUCCUCAAUCGACGACUCUACUCCGGCAUCGGCCGAGGGUAGCAGCAAGGAGAACAAGGAAGACAACAGCCAAGUUAAGAGCGACGCGAGCAACAACGGAGCCGAUGUUGAGAUGCAGAGCGCCCCAAGUGUGGCCGCUGCCAAUUCGCCGGCGCCGUUCGCCGUUGCGGCUGCAUGA